AUGGCUGGGGGGCGGCGGGGAGCGGGAGCGCUGGCGGAGCCGCGGCGGCUGAUGCGCUCGGGGCUGGGGCUGAUCGUGCUGGGCCACGGCAGCCUCGUGCUGGGCGCCAUCGUGCACGGCUCGGUGCUGCGGCACGUAGCCGGCGCCCGCCGCGCCGUCACCCCCGAGUACGCGGCGGCCAACGUGGUGUCGGUGUGCUCGGGGCUGCUGAGCAUCGCCGCGGGCAUCGUGGCCAUCCUGGUGUCGCACAACCUUUCCCGGGCGGUCCUGGUGAGUGCGGGGCUGCGGCCGAGCAGGCGGUGGGCCUCGGCGCGGCCCUGUCCCGCCGGCAGCCGCUCCCUUGGACCUUGGCCCCGCGGGCUCCUUCCGCCUCGGCGGUGGCUGCCGGUGUCACCUGUCCCCGGCUCGGCCCCGCCGGCCGCUCCGGGAGGAUGGGAGCGCCGUGCCCGGGCAGAAGCGCUUCGGUGGGCGAAGCUGCAGCCGGGUCGGGGGUCCCGCGUGGUCUCGCAGGGUGGGCGGACACGGGGCAGGGUGCGCUGGGCUGGACUGGGCUCCCGCGGAGCCUGCUCUCCACGAAGCCCGAGAGAAGGGGCGUCCAGCGGUGCCGAGCUCACAGGGGGUGGAAGGAUGCCAAAGGUGCGAGAGCCUCAUCCGAGGGCAAGGCUGAACAGCCCUGGAAGAGGCAAGAGAUCGUGUGUAGUUCGGGAGCAGUUCUGCAGAGGCACGGGUGCCCGGCCUGAGCCAUUCCCCGGGCUCGUGCCAGUCCCACUCGUAUUCUUGCCGCCUGCAGCACUGGACCCUGCUGGGCAUCUCUGUGCUGAACUGCCUCCUGUCCACGGCGUGCAGCGUGGGGCUGGCGCUGGCCAUCGCCCUCACGGUGCACAGCCGGGGUACGCACCUGGUCCGGGGCUGCAACAGCUCCGCGCUGCCCGUAGACGCCCGUGCAGCCAUUGCCACCAACGACUGUCCCUUCAACACCACGCGCAUCUACUCUUUGCUGAGUGUGUUGAGCCAGCCUGGUGCAGUGCCCACGUUCUUGUGACCCCUGCUCCGCAGGACACAGCCCUGGCCCUCUGGUUCCCCUCCCUGCUGCUGGCAGCUGCAGAAGCCGUGCUCUCGGGCAGGUGCUGUUUGGUGGCUCUCGUCUACCAGGGCAUCGGGCCCUGUGCACACAGCUAUGGCAAAGAGCAGUUGGCCAGGCCAAGUACAGCAAUGGAGAAGCCACUCCGUGAGAGGCAGCAGCUCCUGGCAGGACUUGCUGAGUCUCCUGCGUAGCUGGAAAGGGACAUGGUCAGAUGAGUCAGUGACGCUGGGCCCUGCAGCACAGCCUGGCACUGACACUGCUCCAUCGCUCCCAGGUGGUGCUGCAGGAGUGCUGUGAUCCAGCAGGGUCAGGGGCAAGGUGAUGUCAUACCUCCUGCAGUGGGGCUGCAGCGGUGAGGAUGUGCCUUGGCCCCUCCCCCCAGCUCCACCCCCCUACCUGGGACAGACCCUGCAGGUGCUGUGGGCCCCAGAUGCUCUCCCAUCCUCUCCCCAAGCUGCCAGGCCCUUCCUGGUGUGCUGAAGGCUCUGUUGGUUUCUGUCAGCAGUGACAGGGGUGGGCAGAGGUUCUGGGUCCCAAGUCCUGGUGCCAUUGCAGGCAGGGCAGCUGGCUGUGCCUGUGCUCGAACAUGUCAGGGAACAGAAGGGGAAGAGUCCCUUUGGUGUGGAUCUCUAGUUUUCUUGAAUAAAUAAACCUUUCCAUACUGGC